AUGGUUAGAUCUAACCUCAUUUCUAACCUCAUUUCUACCCCAUAUGUCCUUACUGAAAAAGUAUGUGUUCCAUCUGUCAAAAGCCGCUUUUUAACUUCACUUAAAAUGCCACGUAAGCUACGUAAGAAUAUACGUAAGAGGAAGAGAGCAUUGAAACAUCCAAUAGUAAGACUGACACCACAACAACAGUUGCAACAACAAAUGCUGAAUGACCCCACUAUGUUGCAACAAAUGUCAAGCAAUCCUAUGCUUUUAAACCGAGUCAUUGGUGCACAGAGUGGAGGUUUAAGAGCGGCACUUUUAGCGAAAAUGGCAGGCUAUGGUGGAGCUGCAGACGGAACAGCCUAUAACCCUCAAAGUCAAAUGAAUUUGAGUUCACUCAAAAAUCAAAUAACAGAUGUCAAAAAGUCAAACAUAGACAUACAGAAGCAAAUAAGUGAAAACGAAAAGAAACUAGAAUAUGACAGACACACAAAGAAACUCAAUGAGUUAAACGUAGAGAAAAAGAAGAAAGAAGAACAACUGAAAGAACUAAGUACAGAGCAAUAUGCGAAGAAAGUGUCAGAAAAAGCAGCAGAAGUAGCAAAAAUGGAACAAGAUGUCAUAAAUUUGAAAAACCAUACUACUCAAUAUAAAGUACUGAAAGAUGAAGAGAUAAAACAAAAAGCCCUGAAGACAUAUAUGGAUAGCGAUGAGUAUAAAAAAGAAGUUGAAGCAAAUGUAAAGGCAGAAAAACUUUUACAGUUGCAAAACCAAACCGUACAGUAUGAAAACUUAGCACAAGAAAGUAAAAAUAACGACGCAGCCAUGCAAAAGGCAAUGAAAAGCGCAGAAUAUAUAAAAGCUAACAAUGACUGGUUAGAUGCCCAAGCCAACGCUAAAGCAGCCCAACUUAUAGGGUCAAUAAGGACAAAAAUACAAGCGGAUGAAGACAGUUCAAAUGAAGCUUUAACAAAUGCUGACUUUAAGAACGCCUUCGAAGCUCUUCAUAGUAAGGUGAAACAAGUGAACGACUUCUCAUCUGGAAAGAAACUGAAGUCUGAAGGUUUCGACAAAGAGUUAAAAGAAGUAGCACAAAAUAUGACGAAAAUAACAGAUGCAGCAACGAGACAGGCAGUUCAAAGUGCCUAUGACGCCGUUAGAGCAACUGUUGUGGAAAGUCAAGAAAAAGAGUUACAACAGACCAAAACAGACCUAGUAAAUGCUUUCUUAAGAACGAAAAGUCAGGUAGGACAUUACGCUGCAGAUGGAACAUAUGUGCCAGCUGGUGGAACUUAUAUACCAGCUGGUGGAACUUAUAUACUAGCUAGUGGAACUUAUAUACCACCAAACCCUCCAAGAGAAGCACCUGCACCAGGACUACCUAAAACAUUUACAUCGUCACAUGGACACAGACAUAGGCAUGCACCAAAACCAGCACAACAACAACCAGCACAACAACCACCUCCACAACCAGCACAGCAACCAACAGUUCAAAACCCAGCACAACAACCACCUCCACAACCAACACAACAACCAACAGUUCAAAACCCUGCACAACAACAACCACAAACAGAGCAUGGACAUAAAAGAAGUAGAGAACAAGGAAACCAAGAAUUCUUAAAAAUGCUUAAAGAAGAGUGUGGUUUCCCAGAUACUGUUGACUUUAGUGACAGAUAUAAAGAAGCUAUUAGAAAGUUCAAGGAAGGAAAUACUGACCCGAACCUAUUUAGCUUUAUGGUUCAGCACCAAAUGGGAUAUAAUUUCAAACCUGGAAAAUACAAGCUCGCUAAGGGAUAUGAUUUAAUAGCAUAUCAUCCAAAUGACAUGGAUGAAUUUACUCCGAGAUAUUUGGUGUCAGAGCUAAAUGACAAUUCAACUCUCUUCAUGAAACGCGUAAAAAAUAGAGACGGAACGAAAGAAGAAAGGUUUAUGAGUCCGGAUGACUUAGAUAGGGAACUUGUUAAAAACGGUCUCGGAAUAUAUGAAAUGCCAGCAGAUGAGGUACAAGAAACUCCACAGGAAGAAGUUCAGAUACAACCAGACAUGGAAGAAAUAGUUCAGCAACAACAGCUAGAAGAGCCUGAAGGAAACGAACAAGUCCCUCCUUUGGAAACUAACCUCACAGAACUAGAUGAAGAUUUGGAACAGCCGAAAAAUCUUGACCCUCAACAAGAGUAUGAGGUGAAUAUGGAAUCUUUCCAAGAGUCUAAAAAAAAUUCGGCUGACACAGUAGAAGAAUAUCGAAAAAUUUUCACCGACAUACAAAAGACUCCAACACCAGAUGAAAAUAUUCAGCAUAGAAUGGAAGUACUGAAAGAAAAUGUACACAAAUACAACAACCCUUUUUACUUACGAGCAUUUAACGUUCAAUCUUUGGAUGAACUCGGUGAAAAUAAAAGGUUAAAUUUCAACAAAACAUAUAGAAAUGAAACAUUGUUUAAAGUUCAUUCAGAACCUAACCAAGAUGGAAACAAACCUACUUUUGUUUCUGCAGACUAUGGAACUACAAUGAGAUGGGGUCAUAAAGCUAAUCCGGAUAGGUGGUUCAUAAACUUACAACCUCAAUUCCAAGAAGUUGUAGACGCAAUGGAAGUGAAUGGUGAACCAGAUAUAGCUGGUAUUUUAAGCGCGGCUUUAAUGCCAUUGAAAGAUAUGAAACAUGCAGAUAUUUUGGACCAGUAUGAAAUGAACAUGGCUGAUGGAAAUAUAACACCUGACGUUCUAGAACAUUUAUCUCAAAGAACUACACAGAACCAUAGAGAUGGUAUAUUUGGUGAAGAGUUUAGAAAGAAAGUUAGGGACAGAGAAGGAAGAGAACCUAUUGUACAUGACCUUGCAAACGAAAGUUUACAAAAUGUCAUAAAAACUUACUUUGCAGACAAUGAACUGAGAAGGGAUGAAUAUUUAAGAAAACUCAAAUGGACAGUACCAAAUGAAAUGUUAGUAUUGAAAAACAUGUUCCUUGACAAAAUAAAACCAACUACAGAAAUAAAUGACGAAAGACUGAAAGAUUGGGUAAAAGCUUUCCCAUUCACAAAAGAUAUUGUUGGUAACAUGGAAAGAAAACCAGAAUGGCUACAAAAACAUAUAUUUGGAAACGAGCUUAUUCCAUAUGGACAGGCACUGUUUGAAGAGCUUGAACCGGAAACUCAGGAAAGAGUCAUGCAAACAAUACGCGAAGACUCAAAUACAAACUAUGCCAAACUCUUUCUAGGAUAUUGGUUACCUGAGAUGGGCGACCAGAGCCCAAAGGCAAAAAGGACAUGGGAAAUUUACAACAUACUAGGUGAACAUGAGGCAAAGAUGCAACAACUUGAAGCAGAGGGCAAGUUACCAAAAGUUGCACCAAAGAAGAAGAGAAGAGUUGGAGAAAGUAGUGAAGAAGUAACUUCAUCUAGUGAAAGUAGUGGCAAUGAAGGAAAAAGAAGAGUUAAAAACUCAGUCAGGAAGAAAGUAAAGCUUGGUCCGAGUGGGUUCUAUUAUGACACAUAA